GCGCCAGCUGCUCAAAACUUCCAUUCUCUGUUGGAGAAAGGAAGUACAACACGGAAGUAGACCGUAUGUGUCUUUGAGAGGAGAAGAGACAUUGUAACGGGUAUUGCGAGAGUUGAAAUUGACCUCGUUCCUUGUUUACAGCAGAUUCCAGUCAGUAAAUUACUCGAAACUGGUGUGUAAGAGAGCUGCUGAUAGUUCAGUAAAGAUUACAUUGUGCGAGUUUUCCAGUGUAGACAGUCUUCCCCAGAGCAGAAGAAAAGCCGCUGUGUUUGCAUUAAUGAAAGAGGGGAGAGUGAGGCCCGUCUCUGAAACGAAAGAAGAGAUGGAUAUGCGCGCAUCCUCCGCGUCUCUCCUGGAAGAAGAACUCGCCUCUGCUAUCGAGCCUGCAGUGAAAGCGGCUGUGCUGAGCGUCAUGUCUGCAUUAGCAAAGUUCGUGGACAGUAAAUGUGCAGUUUUCCACCUCAGACUGGACGAGAGAGACCACGAAUUCGAAAGCGUGAGAUUGCGAUUGGAAAUAGCGGAGAGCGAGUUGAAAUCGAUGCGGGGCGGAGAAUACACGAGCACUGGCGAUAAAAACUUUACGCAAUCUCUCACGAACACCAGUGAACAAUACUGCGGGGUUGGGUUUGAUAUCAUUCAUGUACCCGAGCUGGAGCAGGGAGAGCGCAGUUUGGAGCACACAAGGGCAGCGGAGUGGAGACACGCAGUGGAAGGUCCUGCACAGAGCAAUGCUCUCCCUCAUGCUGAGGAAGGGACGAAGGCAGAAUCAGCUUUCAUUCAAGAGGAGCUCUUUGACCAGGAAUGGUGCAGGAGUCCCAAGCAGGCUACAGAGCUGACAUCUAUUGAAGGGAGGGAGGAGGAGGAACCUGCACUAGAUCCUGAGCACAUUAAUGAAGAGAUCCCUGGAAUUGAACCGGUCAUCAUUAAAGAUGAGGUUCUUGAACUUGAAUCUGACCCCAUUGAAGAGGGGGGUUCUGACCCCUUUGAAAGACGGCAGCAAAUCCACACAGGAGAGAAACUGCUUCUGUGUACCGUAUGUGGGGAGGGUUAUACUAAGUUAAGUGACCUGACAUUACACCUACGUAUUCACACAGGAGGGAAGCCGUACCUGUGCACAGAAUGUGGGGUGACUUCUUCUAACCUAAACAACUUAAUGAAACACUUGCAAAUUCACGCCAGAGACAAACUAUAUCAAUGCAGCGAAUGUGGAAAGAGUUUCAUUACAAAAGAUGAGCUGAAAAGACACCACCGAAUUCACACAGGAGAAAGACCGUACUGCUGCACUGAAUGUAGAAAGAGAUUCAAUACCUCUACAGAUCUGAAAAGACACCGUCGUAUUCACACAGGAGAGAAGCCGUAUUCCUGUACCCGGUGUGGCAAAAGUUUCACACAGUUACAACACCUUAAAACACACCAUCGCAUUCACACAGGAGAGAACCCGUACUGCUGUGGUCAAUGUGGCAAGAGUUUCAAACAGUCUCAACACCUUAAAACACACCAGCGGACUCACUCAGGAAAGAAAUUAUUGCGAGAGUUGAAAUUGACCUCGUUCCUUGUUUACAGCAGAUUCCAGUCAGUAAAUUACUCGAAACUGGUGUGUAAGAGAGCUGCUGAUAGUUCAGUAAAGAUUACAGUGUGCGAGUUUUCCAGUGUAGACAGUCUUCCCCAGAACAGAAGAAAAGCCGCUGUGUUUGCAUUAAUGAAAGAGGGGAGAGUGAGGCCCGUCUCUGAAAUGAAAGAAGAGAUGGAUAUGCGCGCAUCCUCCGCGUCUCUCCUGGAAGAAGAACUCGCCUCUGCUAUCGAGCCUGCAGUGAAAGCGGCUGUGCUGAGCGUCAUGUCUGCAUUAGCAAAGUUCGUGGACAGUAAAUGUGCAGUUUUCCACCUCAGACUGGACGAGAGAGACCACGAAUUCGAAAGCGUGAGAUUGCGAUUGGAAAUAGCGGAGAGCGAGUUGAAAUCGAUGCGGGGCGGAGAAUACACGAGCACUGGCGAUAAAAACUUUCCACAAUCUCUCACGAACACCAGUGAACAAUACUGCGGGGUUGGGUUUGAUAUCAUUCAUGUACCCGAGCUGGAGCAGGGAGAGCGCAGUUUGGAGCACACAAGGGCAGCGGAGUGGAGACACGCAGUGGAAGGUCCUGCACAGAGCAAUGCUCUCCCUCAUGCUGAGGAAGGGUCGAAGGCAGAAUCAGCUCCCAUUCAAGAGGAGCUCUUUGCCCAGGAAUGGUGCAGGAGUCCAAAGCAGGGUACAGAGCUGACAUCUAUUGAAGGGAAGGAGGAGGAGGAACCUGCACUAGAUCCUGAGCACAUUAAUGAAGAGAUCCCUGGAAUUGAACCGGUCAUCAUUAAAGAGGAGGUUCCUGAACUUGAAUCUGACCCCGUUGAAGAGGGGGGUUCUGACCCCUUUGAAAAAUGGCAGCAAAUUCACACAGGAGAGAAACUGCAUCUCUGCCUUGUAUGUGGGAAGAGUCUUUUUACAUUUGCAGAGCUGAAAAGCCACCAAUGUGUUCACACAGAAGAGAAACGGUACCUCUGCACAGAAUGUGGGGAGAGUUAUACUAAGUUAAGUGACCUGACAUUACACCUGCGUAUUCACACAGGAGGGAAGCCGUACCUGUGCACAGAAUGUGGGGUGAGUUAUUCUAACUUAAAUAAGUUGAGGAAACACUUGCAAAUUCAUGCCAGAGACAAACUAUAUCAAUGCAGCGAAUGUGGGAAGAGUUUCAUUACAAAAGAUGAGCUGAAAAGACACCACCGAAUUCACACAGGAGAAAGACCGUACUGCUGCACUGAAUGUGGAAAGAGAUUCAAUACCUCUACAGAUCUGAAAAGACACCGUCGCAUUCACACAGGGGAGAAGCCUUAUUCCUGUACCCGGUGUGGCAAGAGUUUCAAACAGUCUCAACACCUUAAAACACACCAGCGGACUCACUCAGGAAAGAAAUAGGGUUGCACAAAACCCUGUGAGCUUGUUUUAUCAAAACUCAAAAGGCUGUUUUAAGAGAGAUCCGUGUAAGACAGUUUCUUGAAGACCACAUUUAAGACACUUUAAGUGACCUCUUCAUAGAGAAAGGCUCUUCAUUUGUACCUGUGUUCUCUUUGAACAAUAUCCAUUACACACAAUAAAAAAUGAGAAAAAAAAGAUGGAAACACCUACAACACGAGAAGUAGAAUUCAAUAUAGCAGCGGACAUGGUCAUCCUGACUGUAAAAUGCCAGUAAAGGAAGACGUGAAAUAGCUAAGGAACAACCGGUGAGAAUUAGCAGCAACCUGGAGAGACCCAAACAGGUUACACCUGUUAUUGGUCAAAAAGAUUGUCAAUUAAUAUUUAAUAAAUGGUCUUUAAAAGGGUAAGUUAAAAGGAAGCCCAGCUGUUGAUAGGUGUGAAUAUAAAUAACAUUGUGUGUGUUAAGGAAGUGGUCCACUCGGAGCAGCUCAGUGACAUCAUCCACUUAACAGCAGCUCAAAUCCUCUCAGGUGCUCACUCACUUCAUGCACCCUUUCUGUACAGACUUUAAGGGAAGUGGACUGGUGGAGCAAGAGCUUUCUGGUGUGGGUGUGUUCCUUGUUCUUUCUGUUCGUGGUGAAUGAUAGCUGGAGUACACUCUAUCAGGAUUCACCAUUCAUUAUGAUGGGAUGUGUUGGUCUGUUUCACUUUUUUAAAAUACUCUGUGCGUCAGCUAGCUUUGUUAAGCAUCAGAAAUGAAGGCUUUUUGGUUUGAGAGUUCUCUCUGUUUUUGCUACAAGCCUGUCAGAUCUCAUGGAGUCUGUUUGCUGGUGUGUUUUUAAGAAGCAAAUCCAGUCUCUGGGUCUGUUACGUGCUGCAGUUAACUGUGAAAGAAUUGAAUCUUUUCUUCAUUCAAAUAUUCAAAUAAACAAAUUGAUAUAAUAGUUCAAAGUCUGUCCAUUUAUUGAUUUUGCUAAGGGAAACAAUAUGCUCAGUAAUAGUUUACAACAGAACAGCACAUGAGCUAAAGAAAAUGAGUCCAACGCAAGCACCGAGAGGAGGAAGGAGAUGAAUGGAUGACCUAAGACUGUCAAUGAAAAUAUCUCUGCAUAAGAAGGUGAGAUGAGAGAGUCCAUCUCCCUACAUGAAGCAAAAUCACCUGAAAAUGUGACCCCAGGCCAACCCUUCACUGCAUGUAAAUAGAAUAACUAGAAAUCUGUAUAAUGUCUUCUUGCUUCCUUAGACAAGCAACCCAGCACCAGUGUGAGGUAUCUCCUGAAUCUGUAAUAAAGUGAACAAUACGGCAAAAACAGAGUGACCAGAGGGACCCUACAGAGAAACAGGCGCAGAGGACUGCUGAACAAAGAACGAA